GCUGACUAUGUUUUGUUCACUUUGGAAAAACGUGAUGUUUUUUCAUCCAUCGAUUCGUGAACUCGACCCGAUAUCCUUCGACCGGAAGAUUCACUUUAUGGCUGUUCUAGAUUUAGUGCACAGUGACCGCAGUAACAUUCGCAGUUAUCUAGUGUCCCGCAGCAUUACGCAGCGAUCACGUUUGGUGACAGACAGUCUAGGUACAUUCCUGGGUAUGAUGGCCGAUUGCAACGCGUAAGUCUUGGUGGAUGCCUUUUUGUCUGGACCGCUGUGGAGGCACAUGGAGUUAAAAGGGGAGAAUGGUAGGGUUCAAUACACCACAUCCACAGUUGCUCCAAGCUUUUAGGCAUCCCUUUAUGGAACCUAUCCGCCGCUAUACAGGUUAUACUACCCCUAUGUACCAAGAGGCGGAUGCAGAAAAGGGUGCUUCAACACCUCUCGUUGUACAUAACGCGGUCAUGCAUCUGGACGAAGCAUCGCGAACCCCUCACCCAAAGAGAUCUCGUGCGAGGAAGGUUCUACUUCAUUUGAUACAUUUCUCCAUCUUCUUGGCUAUCUUCUACUUCCUGGUACCACGUUGGUACCCCGGCGGCAAACCUAUGAAUAGCAGCAACCCUCUCCGGAAGGCGACAUGGUCGAGUACGAGAAUGGAUCCCCUGGUCCUCGAGACUGCGUGAACCGUGCCGAGUGGACGCUCCACGAUGCUCAAGGACCUCCCUACAUCCCUCACUUCCGCCGACAUGCAUCUACCUCACUCAGUCUACCUCGUUCUUCCUCGCUGCUAUAUUUCCUAAGCCGCGGCUCGCUCUCUCAUGGUCGAAUUGAGAUCGACAAUGACGGUGAAGAAGCCGACAAGGUGUCGGUGGAAGUAGGCAUAUGGUACAAUGCCGACGAUGUUCUUGAUCGAGUGGACGUUUGUACUCUCCAGCGUGCAGAGGGAAAGAAUGGUGUGGGGAUAUUCAGUCCGCAGUAUCAUCGUCAUCCCAGUGAUGAGUACAGGACACACUUUGAGGUCAAGGUCCGGCUUCCUACCAGUGCCAAAUUGGAACAUUACGAUGAAUUCGAGACGGAUAUGCCGAUUUUUGCUCAUUCGGUUGGUGACCUCGAAGGCAAUGUUUUCUUCCGCUCCAUCUCGCUAAGGACCACCAAUGAUCCCAUCGAUGUCAAGUCACUCACGGUUAAUCACGGUUCUCUGGCUACCACGAACAGCCACAUUCAGGCGGUUUUCAACGCUACUGAUGUCCUCAAGGUACAUACAUCGAACGGGCAUAUCUCUGGCAACUUCAAGAGCCUGGGUGAUGUAAACUUGGCAACGACUAACGGUCGCAUCAAGGCGAAGCUGAGCUUGACCAACAAUGGUUCAAGUGAUGCUUCUAAGUUGGUUCUGGCUACAUCGAAUGGUCCUAUCGAGGCCGAUAUCACUCUCCUAUCGUCAGCCGAGGGUGGCACUGGUGGUGCUUUCGACGUGAAGGCUUCAACUACUAAUAGUCAUAUCGACGUCACCUAUCCUUCUGCUCCAGUCGACUCAAGGCUUGCUUUCAUCGGCCAUUCUUCCAAUGCUCCUGUCCGCGCCAAGCUCCACCCUACUUACGAGGGAUCUUUCUCGCUUCGCACAUCGUCAUUCGAGAAACCCACCGUCCAGCAUGACUCUCAUGCGCCGGACCCUGCUGGUAGAGGCCGCACUCGUACCGUCAAUGUCCAUAGAAUGGGACGAGGUAUAACGGAGGGUGAUGUCAAGUGGACUGGCAACGAGAAUCGUGCGGAAUUGGGCACGGUUCAGCUCUCAACGACGAAUGCUGCCGUCCGCCUUACGCUUUGAAGGAUCUGUACUAUGAAAUUUUUGGGUCUGGAAUUCUUCCGCUGUGGUUGGAGUCCUUUUAUUUGUGAAUGACGUAGAUCUUGUUAUAACAGUAGUAUCUAAGGAAAGUUGUGUUAUGAUGCAUGUCAUAAUGCCUCUCAAGAGACUAUCAUUGUAAGAAGAUUAAUGUGAGUAUCGUAAAAAUACAGAAUGAAGGGGAAAAUGUGCCCGAACGCUUCGAACAGUAUGAGUUUUCUUGAGUUACACCUAUGAAUAAGCUUACCAGUAGGGAGUGAAACAAUAUAUAGUGC